AUGACGACUGUCGCCGAGAGACUCGGAGAGGCCCACGAGCAGCUCUUGAAACUGUAUACUUCCAUUCCCGUCCUGACCCCUUGUCUCGAAUCCAUCAAAUCCAACCAGACCGAAUUCGUCGCCCUCAACAACCGUCUCCGCAACCUUCAAGAAAUCAUCACCUCUGGCCAACUCGAGAUGGUCAUGCCGUCCUUUGAUUUUAUUCGUUCUUUUGAAAAGACAAGGAAGCAACUCGACUCCGUGUUCACGAUUAAUAAGGGCGAAGUAGAAAAGGCAUAUCGUCAGGAAAUCAAUGAUAUCAAGACCUACGAGGAUGAGCGCCGCAUAUGUCUGCGCCAGCGAGACGACGUCGUGACCGUGAGAUACAGACUUCAAAAGGAACGCGCCAUCUUGCUUGAGGAAACUCGUCAGCUCAAGAAAAUAACCGAAUCUGUAUUUGACCGAUCCAAAGACGAGGUCGCGAACACAGAUUUCCCUGAGGAGCUGUACUGGCAGCUGGAGCUCAGGGAAUACGACAUUAAGAUCACAGAGGUUAGGAAUUCAGUGUCCAAAUUUAACACUGCCCUCACAAGCCUGGCUCGAGCUGCUAACCUCACCGAGGCCGCCCUGAUGGCUUUUCUGGGAUAUCCCGAUGCUGCCUACAAGGUCUGGCGAGUCGAGUAUGCACUCAAGGCCAGUCAAAAGAUGAGACUUUAUCUUCGAGUGGAGUUGUCAUUGUCGAGCGCUUACUCGAACGCAGAGAGUGCCAGGGAUGCUUGCCCUAGCAUCGUCUCCCUGCAAGCGCCUCCCGUCAAGGCUUCUGCAGCCCAGAGUUACUUUGAACCGGUUACGAAGAAUGCAAAGGGCAAGUACAAAAUUGUCCCGUUUGAUUCUGAGGCACCGUUGCGGGACUACAUUGCGCGCCUCCGGACAGCACACAAAACGGCCGAAAGGAUGUUGGCUCAGGAGACGGAGCGUUUGAACGCCAUGCAAAAAUACAGAGAGUCGAUUAUUCCUCGUCUGGCACAGAUCAGGAGACACGUCUUCCAGAACUCUGGUCUCGGCGGCUACCAUAUUGAAGGAUGGGAGGAUGCGAUGGGCCGGUCUCUCUUGGGCACCGAAGCUGAUAUCUUGGUCCGUGGAGGUAUCCAUAACGUUGGAACCAACUCUGAUGGAUCGCCAUUGGAAUCGCAGGCCCGUCCACCACUAUCGACAUCUUCUUCGCAGUCUGUCCCGACUAACAACAGCUCCGAUUCGUUGGAGGAGGCGAUGAACACGGUACAUUCGAGAGGCGAGCGCCGAGGAAGCGGACGCGGGGUUCCGGAUGUGGACGAGCAGGGUUCAUCGUCUGAUUUUAACCGGCCCAUGACCCAUGACAAUCGUGUGGUCCUCAGUGUUGGUUGUGCUCCUCUGUCGACGAUUGCUCCAGGAAACAUACUGGGGUCUAAGGUUCUGAUGCAGGUCGAUCGUCAGAGACAGGCCAAGGAGAUUAAGGACAGGGAAAGCGUCCGAACUCGCUCUAGAUCACGAUCGGGCCGUGAACCUGAGCCUAGUUUGUCGUCCGACUCGGGCUCAUCAGACCAUCAUCAACGUCCGGGAUCUAACGGCUUCUCGGCUUUAGGUGGAAACAGCACAAACAGCAGUAGCAGCAACAACAACUUGAUCAGCAAUGGGUCUGGAGACGGAGAACGUGAAGGUCGCAAAAAGUCUCGAGGUCUCUUCUCAUUCGCGAGAGGAAAGAGGGGCGGCAGCAGCAGUCGAGCGCCCGAUGCCGGUGGUGAUGCGGUGGUCCCUUUGGCAACACCCAUUUUCCAGCUCUCUGGUCAUAAUCACCGCAGCAGUGUCGAUGUCUCCAACAAUACCCAGGGUCGUAUACACAGCCAGGGAGCAGGACACCACAGGAAUGUACCUUCGAUUUCCAUCUCAAACGAGGAUAACGAGGAUGGUCUAUCACAGCACCCGCUCAGGAGAACCCUGUUGGACAAUGCGUCUCUUAUCCAGUUGCCGUCAUCAGUGUCGACGUCGGCUUUUAGACCAGUUGGUGCCAGCAACACGAAUGAUGCGCCACCGCCGUUUUCGAUGCCAUCGGCAAGACCUCGCGUGGUGAGCAUGGAUGAGUAUGUGGGUGUUGGACCUGUGGUCCGUGACGGAGGUGGAGAUGAGCCCAUUCGUCCAUAUGGGGAUGGCCAUGGUUCAGGACCAUUGAUUCCUAGUUAUGGCGAGCAUGAGCAGCACCAGUCCAUCGAUCCGGAGUCUAUGAUGGUCACCAGUCCCAAUGGAGCUUACAACGGCAGCGGGCUGGGAUCAUUGGCUGAAUACGAUGAAGAAGUAGAGGUUCGGAACCUUCUCCUUGGACGUACUUCUUCACCUGCGCCUCCAGUAUCGUCAUCGUCGCCGUCGUCUGUGUUCCAGCCACACCAUCGUUCAACACAAUCGUUCCAUUUACCACUACCUUCCGAAGGCGAAAGAUCCCGAUCUAGAUCGUUGUCACCUCAGCCUUUGUCGCCAUACUCCUACUCCAUGGUCCCUGCUGCAGUUGGAUCUAACAGCAAUCUUAGCAGUAGUAGUGGUGGUUCCAGUGGUCGUUCACCUUAUCAGCAACAUCAGUACUCGUUCUCUGAUCAGACGCCUGAUGGCGGUGCGUUGAGUCUGAGUGUGCCGCCUCCUGAUUAUGCGGUUAGUCCACCCGAGUACUCGCCUUCGAUUGUCUUCCCUACUGCAACUUCCGCCACCACUACCUCACCCUUGUAA